UUAAUAUUCCAAUAAUUCACAAUUUGUUAAAUAAUAUGAAAAUUUAUAAAAUCUUAGCUUUAUUAUUGGCAUUUCUAGUGACGUAUAGCUCUGCUCAGGGAUGUCGUGGAAGUCCACGUAGUCCUGCUUGUACCGGUUCCCGAAGUGGCGGUUGGCCUGGUCGACGUUGUUUUGCCCGUAUUAUGUGGAAUUACGAUACACGUACUAGACAGUGUCAACCAUUUCAUUACUGGGGUUGUGGUGGCAGCAAUAAUCGUUGGUGUACACGUGAAAUUUGCGAACAGAGGUGUCGUCGCUAAGUAGAUAAUAAAGAGUUUUUGUGCAAAAUUUAAUUAACACAUUUUUCUUUAAGUUUGUCAUUCAGUUUACAACAACUUUUAAAUAUUGUUAGAAAAAAAUAAAAACAUGUUAUAGUGUUAUAUUCGGCUAUGCCGAAUAUUAAAUACCCUUCA